AAAAUAGACCAAAGAAAUCAGUCGAUUAUCACUCUCUCCCACCACCGGCUCCUUUCGCUUUGACUUCAACUUCACGCUUUUCUCCUCUCUCUCUCCUCUCUCUCUCUCUCUCUCUCUCUCUCUCUCUCUCUCUCUGUGAUCCGUGAACCCAACCAGAUUGAGUUCUGCUCCUUUUGAGUUGCAUGCUAGGAGACUUGUCCAAUCCAUUUGCAGGUUAGUCUUCUUUGUAUGUACCAUGUAAUGUUUACCACCAAAUCAGACUUAAUGUAAUCUUGAUUCUGACUGUAAUCUUUAGCAAUCUUUCCUUUGGUCUUUUUCCAUUGGCAUUUGCUUUUUUCAAGUUGAUUUCUCACUUGGGUCAUGGCCAAAAACUGAAAAUUUGCAUACCCAUUUGAGCUCAUAGCAUUUGAUUGCCAACUUCUGUAGUUUUAGUUGGUGGGUAGCUGAGAGAUCUUGAAAAGAUUGGCUAGGGUUUAGAAUCUUCAACCAUGAAGAAUCUAAAUAGGGGUGUCUCGACUAGGAAUUUGGUUGGUCUGUUCAUGUUGUUGUGCAUUGGCUUCACAGAUUCAUACAACAGAGAUGCAUUUUCUGACAGUAGAGAGGAACAUUCUGUGACCUACACUUACGACCGGGUCGAUGAGGUGAACAAACAAUGUGCCUUUGUUUUAGCCUCUGCCCCUGAGUUGAAACCUGAUGAUAAUAGAAUGUAUGGUAUUAAGGAAGAGCUGUCUUUUAUGAAUGGAGACUGGUGGCAAGAAGUCAAUGGGGCACCAUUGAUACCAUUUGAUGACAAAUAUGUUACAGACAACACAUCAAGUGUCCGAUCUCAACUGAACUUGUUAUCUUUCUGGGUUACCGAUGUGGAUCGCUCUCAUACAUCUAAGAAAUCAGUGAGUGUCAGUGGGGUUUUGCAUAUGGGAAUUACACUAGAGGGCUUAUUCAUUCAAAGACCUUCUGAGAAGAAUCUUCGUUUUGACAUGUGGCCCGGUCAUUCUCAGCUCUCAGUUCGUUUCCAAGGAAUUUACACCGAGUCAAAAGAAAAGGGUGGGGAAAGAGUCAUGUGUUUGCUUGGGAAUGCAGUCUUGCCUUCUCGGCUACCUGACUCCACUGAUCCAUGGGAAUGGGUGAAAGAACCUGGUUACUCAAAUCAACCACCUCUUUUGCAAGACGACCAAAUUUUGCUUGUUCUGCGUUACCCAAAGACAUUUUCCCUUACGACAAGAGGAAUAAGAGGAAGCAUGAGAAGUUUGAACCAAAAAUCAAACCUCAAGUACUUCGAUGAAGUUCACAUCUCUUCCUGGUUGGGCACUUCUUCAGACUACGAAUUUGGCUCUGAAAAGAUUGUGUCCGAAGCAUGCGAUCCGUAUCCUUAUCAAGAUAGCUUGAUGAAAGGUGGCAUUGAUGUUUACAAAGGCCUUGAAUUUUGUUCAAUUCUCGACCGGUUUAAUGGAGAAGCAAUAACUGUGGCGCCAAACUGGAAAUGCAGCGGAACCGAUGACUUCUGUACUAAGUUGGGUCCGUUCGUGUCCAAUCAGGGGAUUAAUGCCACAAAUGGAGGAUUUAAGGACGUUAAACUUAUCUUGCAAGAUGUUCGAUGCGAGAAAGGGAAUUUAGAUGAUGAUGCUGACUUUUCAAGGGUCUCUGCAGUUUUUAGAGCUGUUCCUCCAUUUGAGCACCAGUUCAAUGCUGCACAAAGGACUGGACUAAAUAACAUGACUCUUUCUUUGGAGGGAGUCUGGAAGUCUUCCAGCGGGCAGCUUUGCAUGGUCGGGUGCCUUGGAAUUGUUGAUGUAGAAGGUAACGGAUGUAAUUCUCGGAUUUGUUUGUAUAUUCCUCUCCUGUUUUCCAUACAGCAACGGAGUAUAGUCACAGGGACUAUAUCGAGCAUUGACAAAAGUGCCAAAUCGUACUUCCCUUUAUCGUUUGAAAAGAUGGUGCGAACCGCAGAGUUGUGGGACCAAUACAGUUCUGCCCAUCCUUAUUACAGCUACUCGAAAAUUGAUUCAGCUGGUGUAGUGCUCGAGAAGAAUGAGCCCUUUAACUUUGGGACUGUAAUUAAGAAGUCAUUGUUGACAUACCCAAAACUGGAAGACACUGGAGCAAUUGCAGUGAGUCUGUCUCUUCUAUCAGAAGAUCUCACCCUUCAUGUCUCAGCAUUUCCUGAUCCGAUCCCUAGUUCUCUCCCCAAUAGAACUGAUGUCCAAAUGGAGAUUAUCUCACUUGGUCCCUUGUUUGGCCGAUUUUGGUCUCCACAAAACGGCACAACCUCAGAGGAGAGUCCUUACCACACUAAAGCAGAAUACACAGAAAGUCAGCUUCUCCUUAAUGUAUCGGCUCAACUCUCAAUUAGUGGAGAACCCUACAACAAUGUAUCAUUGCUUUUCCUUGAGGGCUUGUAUGACCAGCACGUUGGAGUGAUGUAUUUGAUUGGUUGCAGGGAUGUUAGAGCCUCAUGGAAGGUUCUACACGAAAGCAUGGACCUUGAAUCUGGGUUGGAUUGUUUAGUCGAAGCGGUUGUGUCUUAUCCGCCCACAUCAGCUAGGUGGUUAGUCAGUCCAACCGCUUUGAUUUCCAUAUCAAGCCAAAGGAACGAAGAUGACCCACUUUAUUUCAGGCCAAUCAAGCUCCAAACUUUGCCAGUUAUGUAUAGGAAACAGAGGGAAGACAUUCUCUCUCGCCGUGGUGUUGAGGGGAUCCUCAGGGUUCUGACACUCUCAGUGGCAAUUUCUUUUAUUUUGAGCCAAUUAUUUUACCUAAGAGAGAAUGUGGAUUCUGUUCCAUUUAUUUCUCUUGUAAUGUUAGGAGUUCAAGCUCUGGGGUAUAGCCUUCCGCUAAUCACUGGUGCAGAAGCCAUCUUUAAAAGAUUGGCUUCAGAAUCUUAUGACACCCCUUCUUAUGAGCUUGAGAAGAGUCAGUGGCUCCAAGUAAUUGAUUACACUGUGAAGGUUCUUGUGCUAGUUUCGUUUUCGCUUACUCUAAGGCUUGUUCAGAAGGUGUGGAAAUCACGGAUCAGAUUGCUCACACGGGCGCCACUUGAACCUCAUCGCGUCCCAAGUGAAAAGCGGGUACUUCUUAUAACCCUGAUCGUGCAUUUAAUUGGGUACGUAAUUGUUCUCAUUAUCCAUUCUGUGAAGACCAGCCAGAGGCCACUGCGGACAGAGGUAGUCGUAGAUUCUAUGGGAAAUUCACAAACACUGAGGCAAUGGGAAACCGAACUAGAAGAGUAUGUGGGUCUCAUUCAGGAUUUUUUCCUGCUUCCUCAAAUUAUAGGCAACUUGAUCUGGGAGAUCCAUUGUAAACCACUCAGAAAGCUGUACUUCAUGGGUAUAACAGCGGUCAGAGUUCUCCCUCAUAUUUACGACUGUAUCAGGUCUCCGAUUGCUAAUCCCUACUUCUCCGAGGAGUACCAGUUUGUGAAUCCGAAGUUUGAUUUCUUCUCCAAGUUUGGGGACAUCGCGAUUCCUGUGGUGGCAAUACUUCUUGCAGUUACAGUCUAUGUUCAACAGAGGUGGAAUUACGAUAAGCUCAGCCAAAAACUUGUUGUUGGUCAACGUAGGCUUCUACCUCUGGGGUCCAGAGUGUAUGAAAGAUUGGCUUCUUCCAGAUCGUUUGAAGCAGAGCUUGUCUCUGGUGUCAAUGAUGAUGCUACUCGCAACAAAGGGCUUGAUGAUGCCGAUGUCUGAGUGAGGUUGUUGCGGUAAACUAUUAACUCAAAGAUUGGAAACAUAAAUGCUUGGUAGUUGUUUUGUUGUUGUUUUACUGUUUAAUCCAUACGUGUUGGCUAUUCGAGGAAUUACUGUAAUCAGUUGUUAUCUUACACCUGCUGAUUUGUUGUACCUCGGAUGUUUUUACUUCUUUUAGAACUCGGCUUCCUUCAUACGUGUUAGUUUGUAUUUGAGAUUUUGGUUCUCUAUUUUGUUGACAACGUUGAGGUGUCGUUGUUCUCUUCAAUAAUAUAGUGUUUAUUUUGUAGCA